AUGCCUCGAGUGGUGAAAAAGGGCUCUAAGCCGGCUGCUCAGGCUAAGGGUCCUGAUGCCUUGGAUCUGGCUGCGAAGGGUCAUCAGUCGGAGCCGGCCACGCCGAAACCACAUUUGAAGGAGGUGGAAGGCCCAUUCGGGGAUGGCGUUCGUGCUUCUCUGGUGAAACGGCUGUCUGCGCUGAAGUUUCCUUCAUCGGACGCGCCACCUGACGGAAAGGACACCUCUACCAACGAAAAGGAAGACAGAGAGGAGGAGGUGAAAUCGCCGACCGCUGCUCCCGAAGCACCUGAGGAAGGGACUGAAGACGAGGAGGAAGAGGAUGAUGGUUAUCUCAGCGAUGAUCCGGAGGAGCGUUUUGACCCGGUGAAGGCGGGUGAAAUCGCUGCACGCGCAGGCUUCUCCAUUACUCUGCUGGUUCCGAUUAAGUAUGAGGAGGAAGUUCCUCGCACCAUUGACACGGUCAAGGGUCUUCUCGCGAUAUGGAGGAAAUUCAUGUCUGCUCACGUUCUGGUGACGACCAAGUGCCAGGCUGUUGGGGCCCUGAUCGAGUCUGCUGACGACUUCGUCGCCUCGUACCUGAGCAGCUGCAUCCCUGCCGCUAGAUGCGCAGGUGAAGAAGAUCUUACGCGACCCUGCUGUGGUGCUGAUCUCCACGGGGGAAAGCCGGGAGGAAUGGCUUUGCGUCCAGGAGGCAUGUGGCAAGGCGCAUGGUUCCAGUUUUACGCAGGCGCUGGCGCAUGUGAAGUCGGUGCAGCACUGCACGGCGCUCCUGCAGGGAGACGCGGCAAGCAGGAAGAGGAGAGGGAAGAUGAAUUUUCUUCCGAUCCGCAAGGAGUUCGGGCUGACCCCGAUCUGGACAAGUCGUCGCGCUCGGGUUCGGGGAACGAGAAUCAGCGGCUGCUGGGCUUCUGGAGAACGGAGGACCUCAGGGAUGCCUUUCGGGUGCUUCAUCCAAACCGCCCGGAGUAUACCUUCAGGGACAGGGCGACUAAGGCGAGCACACGCAUCGACAGGGGCCUGGUGUCUUUCUCACUGCUCGGGCUGCUGGCCGACGCGCGCCAUGUUAAGAUCCCAAGGGGUCUGUCGGACCAUUGGUUCGGAAUAAAACUUGCACUCGCGGUGGCGGCGCCGGCGGAACAGGGCCCUGGUAUAUGGCGGAUGCAAGCAAGACAGGCGAGGGGGAGCGGGGUUAGUACGGUGUCUGCUAACAUCCUUAAGAAAUUCGAGAACGAGGAGGGGAUGGACCUAGGGAAGAAGCUGAAGCUGCUCAGCAUGGGUUUAAGAGAAUACUCACGAGAAGAGCGGAAGAGGGUGAGGGCGACAGUGCAACACCUGGAGGGUGUGGUGGAGCGUUUAAGACACAAAGUGAUGAGGUAUCCCGAGGACAGGAGGGCGCAGAACAAGCUAAUUAAAAAAGAGGCGCACCUAGAGGCGUACCUUCAGAGCUGCAAAGACCGGAUGCAGGUCUUGGCGGGGAUCAAGGUGGAACUCAGUGGGGAAGUCCCGUCGCCAUACCUGUCAGCAAAAAUUAAAGUGCGGAAAAAACGGACGGAGGUGCGGGUGAUUUCUCACCGUGGUGCAAUGUACCAGGGGCCAAAGGAGGUGCUAAAGGCGGCCGCGGAUCACUUCAGGUCAGCCUUCAGCGAAGUGGUACCAGAGGAGGAGGUGGACUGGGGCGCUUUUUCAGAAGGCGCCAAGUUCUCAGAGGCGGAUGCUGAACUCCUUGGGGCUGUUUGGACGGAGGAGGAAGUCAAGCAGGCGCUGGAGAGUCUCCCGAAGGGGAAAUCCCCUGGUCAGGAUGGACUGCCAGCAGAGUUUUUCAUCGCGCACUGGGAGUUGCUGAAGAAGCACGUGAUGGACUUCGUCGGAGAGUUUGCUGAGAAGGCAAAGAUGCCAGAGAGCCUCUCGACCUCGGUGACCGUAUUGCUGCACAAGAAAGGGCCAACGGAUCAGCUGGGGAAUUACCGCCCCAUCACGCUCCUGUCAGCCAUGUACAAAGUGAUCACGAAGGUCAUGGCUACGAGACUAAAGAAGGUGCUGGGCAAGGUCCUAUCAAAGGAGCAGCAUGGCUUCUUACCUGGGAAAAGCCUUGCGGAUGCAGUUUCGGUGGUAGCGGAUGCAGUGGAGGCGGCGAACAGCGGCGGGGAGGACUGGCUACUACUGUUGGUGGAUUUUCAGAAGGCGUAUGACACGGUCUCAAGAUCCUUCCUCUUCAGGUUCAUGAAGGAGCUGGGCAUGCCCGAAAACUUCAUUGGUUGGACUAGAGGACUGCACGCAGACGCAGGAACAAGGAUCAUCAUAAACGGGUGGUUAAGCGACAGGGUGGAGAUGUGCAGAGGAGUCAGGCAGGGUUGCCCCCUGGCUCCAUACAUUUUUCUCUGCGCACUCGAGCCGCUGUGCAGAGCCACGCAGCGUGAAGGGCUGGGUAUCGGACCGGUGGGGAAAGAGCCGCUGGCGUACGUGGGGUACGCCGAUGACACAUCCUUUCUGCUGAGCGGGGAGGCCCAGCUGCGGAGGACGGUGGAGGUGCUGGACACCUUCGGAAAGCAGUCGGGGCUGAAGGUGAACUGCGACAAGUCGGUGGUCGUGCCGCUGGGAAGCAAUAGGGGAGAGCCGGUGCCGGCGGACAUCCCGUACAAAUGGUCGGUGCAGGGUGAACCGGAGAGGCUUCUGGGGGUGUGGGUAACACCCAACGGAGAUCCGGGUCCUUCCUGGGGGAUGGCGUACGAAAGGAUAAAGGAGGAGCUAAGGAAGUGGGAAGCGCAAUAUCUCACGACAACAGCAAGAGUGGCGGUGAUUAGCUGCUACGUCCUGCCAGUCUUGAUGUUCCAGGCGCAAGUAUAUUCGCCGCCGGAUGAGAUUUGGGAAAAAAUCAGGAAGCUCUGUCACGCGUUCGUAUCGGCCGGGGAAGCGGCGGAGGAGAAAAUCUUCAUUCUGUGGAGUGCCUACCUGGCAUGUCUGCCGCGGAAAGACGGGGGGCUGGGCCAGCUGGACCCAAAACUAUGCUUGGACGGGUUGGCGAUUCGCAGGAUCGGGAAGUUUCUGAAAGAGCCGGAUGGCACACGCCGCUGGCUGGCGGAAAAGGCGGCGGCUCUCCCGCAAGGGCUGGCCACGCUGUACGCGCACCCGUCGGCGAUGAAACACUGGCCACGUGGCAGCGAACGCUGGAAGGCGGCCGUGAAGGUGUUCUGGUCGUCACCGCUGGAGACGCUGCCGGCGCCAAAGAAUAGAUGGGAAGUGGAGGAGGAAUUCAUAUGUUUUAACAGGAACAUCAUGCACUGGGGGGAAAGUCCUUACGGUCACCAGAUAGGCACGGCGGCCCUCAUCAUCACGCGGGUACGGGACCUGCUCACAGACGGCCCGGGGGGACGAAGAGGGGUGAAGGAGGAAGAUGAGCUUGUGAUAGAGCUUGGGAGCAAGGAAGCGGCGGUCAUGGCAAGGAAAGCAUACGGAGCUAUGCCGCCUGAGUGGAGGAAACUGAUUGAAGAGCCGGCGACAGCGGAAGCUGUGGCGAAGGCGUCUGGAGUGGUGAGAUAUGUCCUCCGAGGCUAA